GCAUCAGCAGCACCAGCAUGUCCGGACGCGGCAAAGGCGGCAAGGCGAAGGGCAAGAGCAAGACGCGUUCCAGCCGCGCGGGUCUCCAGUUCCCCGUGGGCCGUAUCCACCGUCUCCUGCGCAAGGGAAACUACGCCGAGCGCGUCGGAGCGGGCGCUCCCGUCUACCUCGCGGCCGUCCUCGAGUACCUGGCUGCCGAAGUGCUCGAGCUCGCUGGCAACGCGGCUCGUGACAACAAGAAGACCAGGAUCAUCCCCCGCCACCUGCAGCUCGCCAUCCGCAACGACGAGGAGCUGAACAAGCUGCUCUCCGGCGUGACGAUCGCGCAGGGUGGCGUCUUGCCCAACAUCCAAUCUGUGGUUCUCCCAAAGAAGACCGAGAAGAAGGCGUAAGCGAGCAGCUCCCAGCCGCCGGACUACAGUCGCGCUCGUCGCACAACCCAACGGUCCUUGUCAGGACCACCGAAAUGCGUGUGACGGCAGGGUUUUGCUUGGCAAUCCCGUUCUCUGCGCCCGUUUCCCUCUGUUUUGAAUUAGCGCAACCG